CCGUCGGAGAUCCGAGAAAACCCGUGCGCCGCGAAUGGCCGGGGAACUGUGUAAAGUGUGGGCCACACGGCCGUGAUAAAUACCGUGGAAACCCUCAAAAUGCUCUUCGUCCGGAGAGGGCAGAGGUUUCGCUUUUUCAUUCCGGAAUCGGUGUAAUUCUCGUUACGUUCGCUGGUUUCAGAUAGGUGCGGUACCAACCAGCAAAACAAGCAGCAUCAUCGAUCGUAAUCUUCGCCCACCACCACAGCCGCCCUAUCAUUAAUCAGUACCGCAGUGACCAUGAGCGAUCAGGAUGAUCCGCUGGCGGGCGGCCAACCGCAAACGCAAACACCCCGCAGUUCACUCGGGUCGGGUGCUUUGUCGUACAGCAACUCCUCCAUCUCACCCUCGACUAGCUCGAGCGGUUCGCAGGGAUCGGCCAAAUCAGCCGUGAGCGAGUGUUUGGGUGCGUGGCUGAACUAUCUGCAGAUCAUGAACAAUCUGUGUGCGGCUGGGUACCGGCUAGCGCAAACCAUAGCAGCCCUUGAACCGUGGGCCUACUUUGAUCAAACUGCUGCUGGUCAACCGGGCGGUACCGCCACUGCCACCAAUCCGCUCAUCGGAGGCGUUACGCCGAUGCCUCCCGGUACCGGUUCGCAGCGAGAGCUUCCGUUUGCUGCCGCCUCCCAGGGCAUUCCGUCGCAUAUGGCCUUCCAGUUUAUCACGGCCUGGGACGAACUGGCCCGGGCGUCCGUCAUGGCCACUAGCACCGUGAAGUCGCAUAUCGUGAGCGUGUUACAGGACUUUAAAACGCAACCACUGGCCACGGUUGAGCAGGAAAGCGAGCUGCUACAUAUCAAGGAGUACAAUCAAACGAUCCUGCAGGACAACGCACAAACGAUGAUCAACCUGCAGCACCAGUUCUGCGUUGCCUCGUGCGAUGCGUUUGCUCAGCUCAUGUGCUGCUAUCAGUGCCAGACACAGGUGGGCUUCCCACACGAUCCCGAGUGCCCGAUGGUACAGCAUCCGAUGUCGGCGGCCGCUACCAUUGCCCGGUCGGGAGAACACCAGCGUUCGCAAACGCCAUCGCCACACUUUGGCCCAAAGAUGGAUGUCGGUCCAUCGAGACUGUACGAUCGAACGGGAUCCAGCUCAACGCAGGGCUCUUCCUCCGAUCAUGGCACGACAGCGUACGAGCAAACGCGCGGCCCUUCACCACACGAUAUCCGUGGACCGAGUCCGAUACAGGGCUACCUGGAUAACAUUCGUGGUCCACUGCCCAAUCCGGGGCAUCUUUCGGGAAUGAAGGCACCGUUCUAUCGGGGGUCCCGGUCUCCGCUUAAUUUUCCACUCUUUACGCUCAACGGUCAACGGCGGUGGUCAGAAGCUGCCGCCGGUGAGGUAAACUCGGAGGCGGCCCUCGAUCCCGAGAGCCAGAUGCGCCGCUGGUCGAUGCCGUGGGAAGCAAAGGCCGACAAGACGACCGUCCAUUGGAAUCAAACGCGCCUAAUGCCGGUCUCGAAGCUGGCCGUUCCACCGGGUGCAGGUGGGCCGGCCGGCGGUAACAAAUCAUCGUCGCACGGUGACCGUAGUCAAAGCACGACCCCGGACUCUACCUGGCACUCGUCGAUCACUAGCCAGGACGGAUUGGUGGAAGCGAUUCAGCUGCUCUCCUGCCGGCCAAUCCAUCGGCUGCAGGCACCAACGAUGAUGAUGAUGAUGCCACCGCCAAACAUUGGCCCACCGUUCGUCGAAGAACCAUCCGGAUUGCAUCCGGAACAAGAACAGGAGGUGGAAACGGUACCGGCGCACCAGCAUCACGCCACCAACACGAUGAUGACCAGUGGCAAUCCGUCGGGCCUGUACGGCAUCUGGACACAGCAAAACCCUCCCAGUGCUAUACUGCGCCAACAGUCGAUCCAGGAUCGUAUGGUACCACCGAUGAACUAUAUCCGCGAGCAGGACUCAUCCAUCGAUGAGCAUCCGCCUCCCUAAAAAAACCCCGUUUCAGUCCGGAACGAUUCAAACGGACUCGCACCAUCAUUAGACGUAAUCUCACGAUCGUAAUCGCGACCAACCAAAGCAUACCAUAGCAUAAUCCAUAAAAAAAGCGUACCAAAAAGGGUAAGACACUUUGACACUGAUAUUUCAUGUACUUUUGUAAUCCAUUUUACGAACCGAAGUGUAACCGAUGAUAUUCAAAGGUGUAUUCUCGAAGACGAUGCUCCUCCUCAGCCAAAAGAAGUAAAAAAAAGAAACAAAACAUUCUCAGUCAUUUGUGCUAGUUGUAAGAGUGUGAACGAACGAAAAACGUUCAUAUAUUGCGAGGAUCGGUGAUUUUUUGGGCCAGGCGCAAUAGCAUAUUCAGUCUGUGUAGCUAUUAGUUCAUCGUGACCGUCACUGUUCCAUGUUUCCCUUUAUGUCCUUUGACAUCGGUCUCCCCUGCGUACCAAAGCUGUUUAGUGUUCCAUGUUUACUAGCUUUCCGUUUUUACACACACGAGGUGUACACUUUAGUAGCAUAAU